CUUAAGAGGCAGAAAUCCCAUUCUUAACAAAGAUGGGGAAAAUGGGGCCUUCACAAGUGACCUCUCUUGUGGUCACUAUACUAGUGGCACUAGUCUCUCUCACAUUGCCUUCAGAAACUUCAGCUAACUACCCUUACUCAUCUCCACCACCACCGGCUUCUCCUCCCUACCACUACAAGUCACCACCACCUCCUUCUCCUUCUCCUCCAGUGUACUCACCACCUAAGCAUCCCUACCACCCCAAGUCACCACCACCAUCACCAAAGCCUUACCACUACAAGUCCCCACCACCACCUCCUCCUCCAGUGCACUCACCACCCCCACCAAAGGAGCCUUACCACUACAAGUCUCCACCACCACCACCCAAGAAACCUCACCAUCACAAGUCUCCUCCACCACCACCCAGGAAGCCCUACCACCCGGUGCACUCACCCCCACCACCAAAGAAGCCUUACCAUUACAAGUCUCCUCCACCACCACCCAAGAAGCCCUACCACCCGGUGCACUCACCCCCACCACCAAAGAAGCCUUACCAUUACAAGUCUCCUCCACCACCACCCAAGAAGCCCUACCACCCGGUGCACUCCCCACCACCACCAAAGAAGCCUUACCAUUACAAGUCUCCUCCACCACCACCCAAGAAGCCCUACCACCCGGUGCACUCACCCCCACCACCAAAGAAGCCUUACCAUUACCAAUCCCCACCACCACCACCACCACACAAGAAGCCUCACCACCCAGUUCACUCACCACCUCCACCUAAGAAGCCUUACCACUACACGUCUCCCCCACCACCCCCUCCAGUCCACAAGUCUCCUCCACCACCAGUUCACUCACCACCACCACCACCUAUUAAACCUUACAAGCCACCAACACCUCCAACAGUUCACCCACCACCCGCUUACAUCUAUUCAUCACCCCCACCUCCUCACCACUACUAGAUAUUGAGAGCUUAGUUGCAUCCAGUUGGUAAAGGAAGAAGAAGUCGAACAGCGCGCCUUAUCACCACACAAAGACGAAGAAGAGAAAGACAACGAGUUUCCACGCAGCUGCUGAUGUAACGUGUUUUAUUUAUGCGAUAUUUGUUAAAGGUCCAUAUUUUCCUUUCCUUGUAAUAUUAGACGGUUGUAGGGCACUCAUGUUUCAUGUAGUUGAUUUCCUGUUUGUCGAAAGAGAUGGUAUAUGUAUGUCGUUUGUUUCAACCUUCCAAUGGAGAGGUGAUCAUAAUAAUAAUAAAAUAAAUAGAUUUUCCAAAUUUUCCUUAA